GGGGUGGAAUCCUGUUCCCUUUGCAGAGCAUGCUGGGAACUGCAGGCGGGCCGGCAGGCUUUUCCCAUUGACGUGCAUGGAGAUGCCCUAUGGGACUACGUUCCCCAUGAGGCUUUGCGCCUCCAGCCGAUCAUGAGGCCCUUGCUCACCGCAUAGCCUUCUGGGAUUUGUAGUUCUCCAGGAGACCCUUUACUGUUGACUUGCCUGAGGAAGGCUGCCGAUCGGAACUACGUUUCCCAAGACACCCUGCUUCCGGGCUGCGCGGUGGCUGAGGCGCCCCCCCCCCCCUUCAGCGGCGCAGGCAGCAGGCUCGCUCCGGUCCCCCAGAGUGGAACCUUGCAGGCCCCGCAUCUGGCGAUGGAAACGGCGCUCCCCGCUGUUGGCAAGGAAGGAAACCACCACAAAAUAACCAGGUUCACCUGAGGUGUCUGUGAAGGCAGGAAGAUGCUGUGGAAAGCUCUGCUGAGGGUGGAGCUGGGGGGAACAGGCAACCGGGCCCCCUCCAUGAACCGGCUCCUGUCUCCCGCCCUCCGGUACCGGUCCACUUCUGUCAUGGAUAACCACCAAGUGGAGCUGGCCCGAGAGCGAUCCAAGACAGUCACCUCCUUCUACAACCAGUCGGCCAUUGACAUCGCAGCGGAGAAGCCGUCCGUGAGACUGACGCCCACCACCAUGCUGUAUUCGGGACGGUCGCAGGAUGGCAGCCACCUCCUGAAAAGUGCCCAUUACCUUCACCGUGAGCUGCCCGUCCGCAUCGCCCAUCGCAUCAAGGGUUUCCGCAGCCUCCCCUUCAUCAUCGGAUGCAACCCCACCAUCCUCCAUGUGCAUGAGCUGUACAUCCGAGCCUUCCAGAUGCUGAGCGAAUUCCCUCCGAUCAAGGACCAAGAGGCAGAGACCCAGUACUGCAAGCUGGUCCGGCAGCUGCUGGAUGAUCACAAGGACGUGGUGACGCUGCUGGCCGAGGGGCUGCGGGAGUGUCGUAAACACAUCCAGGACGAGAAGGUUAUCCGCUAUUUCCUAGACAAGACGCUCACCUCCCGGCUCGGGAUCCGGAUGCUGGCGAUCCAUCACCUGGCGCUGCAUGAGGAAAAGCCGGACUUCGUGGGCAUCAUCUGCACCCGUCUCUCCCCGAAGAAAAUCAUUGAGAAGUGGGUGGAUUUUGCAAGGCGUCUGUGUGAGCACAAGUACGGGAACGCCCCGCGGGUGCGGAUCAAUGGGCACGUGGCUGCUCGCUUCCCCUUCAUCCCCAUGCCCCUCGACUACAUCCUGCCGGAGCUGCUCAAGAACGCCAUGAGAGCCACCAUGGAAUCUCACCUGGACACUCCGUACAAUGUGCCUGACAUUGUCAUCACCAUCGCCAACAACGACAUUGACCUGAUCAUCAGGAUUUCGGACCGGGGUGGCGGGAUCCCCCACGAGCACCUGGAGAAGGUGACGGAUUAUCACUUCACCACGGCGGAGUCCAGCGUCCAAGACCCCCGAAUGAACACCCUCUUUGGGAACAUGGUGGACAUGGUCAACAGCGGCCAGUCAGGCCCGAUGCACGGGUUUGGCUUCGGGCUGCCGACCUCCCGUGCAUACGCCGAGUACCUGGGGGGCUCGCUGCGCAUCCAGUCCCUGCAGGGCAUUGGCACCGACGUGUACCUCCGUCUGAAACACAUUGACGGCAAGGAGGAGAGUUUCCGCAUCUAGAGAUGCCCCCCUCUCGCUGGCCAGUGGCCCCCUCCGCAUGGACAUCGGCUUUGCUUCCCGUCACUCUGUGCUUGGAUACCUACGGCCCCGGACUCCUGGGUUCCCUGCAUCUCCACAAGGGGGCGGGACUUUGUGCUUACGGAUGGGACAUCGCCUCCUGCUGGUUAUUCCAGUCCCGCCCCGGGAGCACCCUAAUGGAUUCUUUAUUCUGUGGGCUGGGCAUGGGUCGACCAACCCCAAACAGGUUUUUAAGGCAACGGACGCUUCACGGCGCAUGUACCUCCCUUGGUAGCUCCACGUUGCCAGCACCUUGCAGACUCGUUUUCUCACCCUUGUUUCAUUCCCUUCUUCUC